AUGGGUCGCGAAGGGUUGUUGUCGGGCGCCUCGUGGCGACUCACGUUCUGGUGGACUCUGAGGCGGCCCGUGGACUUCUUCUUGGCCAUUCAGCGCAACAGGCUCCGAGCCACCAGAUAUAGGCAGGAGCCCCGAGAUCUCCGCGUUGCUGCUUCUUCCGCCGAACUCUCCUCUCCUCCCCCGCGCUGCUCCUCCACUCCUCUCCUUUUCUUUCUCAAGUGCUCGCGCCACGAGGAUGGUGGUGGCCGAGGCAGAAACAGCUUGCCCACCGGCCAGCAGCCGAUCUCCCACGGCGCUCGAGGUCCGGGUCGACUCCUGCUCCUUCCAGGAGGAAGCAUGGCCCGUGGUCUGAGCCCUGCUGAGUACGACCACCUCCUACGGAGUCCCAACGUUCGAAACGUCACUACGCAGUUAGGACAGACAAUGUAUCUGCACUGCAUUGUUGACUCGGCUUCGGACCGAAUGAAGGCGCACCGACAAAUUGUGUCGUGGAUCCGACUUCGCGACUUCCAUCUGCUCACCGUGGGACUGACGCGGUACACGUCGGACGAGCGGUUCCAGACGGUGCACAUGCAGUUCUCGAACAACUGGGCGCUGCAAAUACGCGACGCUCAGCUCAGGGACGCCGGACUUUACGAGUGCUUGGUCAACUCGGACCCGCCGCUUCGACAGGUCGUCUCGCUCCGUGUUGUCAUACCCAAGGCCAGCAUCCUGGGCGGCCCAGACUUGCACGUCGAGGCUGGCUCGGCGCUGAACCUGACGUGCAGCAUCAGCGAGAGCCCGGAGGCGCCGGCCUUCGUCUUCUGGUAUCACCAGGGGCGCCUGAUCAACUUCGAGCGCGGCGGACGCGUCAGCGUGGCCAAGGGUCCCAACGGUACGGCCGUGUCUCGCCUCUUGCUGCCAGCCGUGGACGCCGCCGAUUCGGGCAACUACACUUGCAAGCCUGCCAACGCUAACGCCACCUGGGUGCUGGUGCACGUUCUCGAGAGCCACCGGCGACUGGCCGCCGUGCAGAACGACGCGGGCGGCAUGGCACUGACGGCGGCCGCGACACCGCACUGCGCAGCCGCCUGCUCCCUGCUGCCGCUGCUCGUAUCGCUGCUCGUGCAGUGGCUGCUGGCAUGCGCCCACCACUGCGCUUCCAGGUGACCAGCCACGGCGGAGACGCAGCCUCUGUAAAUAACGCGGUUCGCGGCAUACCAUGUCCGGUGCCCGCUCGUCAACAGAUCCCGGUCCUUCAAACAGGCUGGAACCGAGAGACUCAUCAGUCGCACCAUAAUCCAGCGGUGGAUAGAGGAAUACAAGAAUACAAGAACAGCCAUAGAAACGGCGCAAACCACCUAUACGGACCAUAGACAGGCUGGUAACACCGAGCUCUUCUUCCUGCUGGCCAUGCCGCCUGAAAGACCUGGCGUUGCGGCCACCGAGAGUUGUGCUAUCGUGGCGGCAGUAGCAGCACCCUAUACCGAAUGAAGCUAUAUAUCGAUGAACGCUGCAGGGAUGCUUGCCGUCGCUGACCGCCUCUGUCGGCAUGGUCCACCGACGAGCAUGGUCGCACUCCUCUUGUCAAACCCCUUCGUGUGUGUGUGUGUUGUUUCGCUUCGCUUCGGCAUUGUUCUCGUUUCGUUCGUGAGUGUAACUGCUUGUUUCGACGGGUGUUGUGAACGCGCGCAAUCGUUCAGGCGCACGAACGUUUACGUCCUCGCUACUCAGGCACCACCACGUGCGACAGACGUCGGAGACAGUGUGCGUACUGUCAUGUGCUUCGAACUUCACCAGCCCUCGCAGUGGAGGACGAUGGAAGAUGGACAUCGAACCGAGAGAUAGACACUUUGAUGUACACAUCUUCACGUUGUACAUAUUGUAGAGAUCACGACUAUGUUGUUGUUGCUGCUAACGCUCUCAGAUGAUCUGUUCUCGUGCGCUUAUCAUGUGUUUUGUUGACAGCUGCUGAGUGUUCGCGAGAAGUACUAUAGAGCAUAUUGAAAGUGUGGCCUAACUUUGUUCCUGCGUGUAUUUUGUGCCCGGCCAACGGGAUUUUGUGAGUGUGUACGUCGGUGGCGCAUCACUUCGUGUUGUCCUGAAUGCGCCCUGCGAUGUUUCUGUUGUUCGGCUGUAUACUUCCGUUUGCGUCAUUUGGGAGAUCUUCGUCGAGCUGAAUGAUUAUGCACCCGGAACUGAAGUGCGGUGCUAGGUGCACGCGGUGUAACGAAGGUGCGUCGCUGGGACAUCUUUUCAGAUUUCAGUGCUAUGUUAAUCUAUUCCAGAAGACUCGCGGUGCCGUGUUAAGAGACGCUUGUGAUAGUGCAGAAGGCGGGAAACUAAUAUUUUCAUAGAGGACGAAGCUAAGUUUCCUUAUUUGUAGCGAACGUCGGAGCUGUGUCUCCAGAUGAUGCUUCACUGGAAGACGUAACAGCGUAAAGUCAUUGGCACAAAAAUCGCGGGCACUACAUGGGCUCUAUAUGCAUUCAAGCUACGAGUAUAUUUUUAAUAACUACACUAUACUUGGCUAGAGAGAUGAUCAAAUUUGCAUCCCUGCUUUCUGCGGGUAUACUGGAAGAGUGUAAUCCUCGCUUAGUGCCGUUUUAUCAGUGUACGCUAAAGCAUUAUUUUGAUAGUACUACUACCUCCUUAUUUCGCGUUGCGACUGUCGGCUGAAUCGCCGCUGGUACUGAAUUCCUCUGUCAGGCCGUGAGAGUGACCCGCUUUAUGUUGGCCAGCAGAAUAGUCGUAUUCGUUAUUCGAGGGCCGUUUGGAUGCUGUCAAACUUGUGUAUAGCGUUACGGAAUUCACAUGACCUGUUAAUAUU